ACCGCCACAGAAGAAAAAAAAAAGGCGGAGGUUAGACGUUAGAAGGCGAAAGUAAAAGGCUUCAAACGUGCGCUUGGUGUGUUUGCUGGAAUCCAAAAUGUUGAAAGAGUUGGUGAAAGAGCGACUGAUGACGUCAGCUGAUGAAAUAUUCGCGCUGUUUGAAAGCACGAUAGCGACGUACGAGGAGGAACUCUCACGAACAAAAGAGGAAAACGAGCGACAUCGUCAACAACUGCAAGCUGUUUGCAAGACUCUACAAAUCAAAGACGUCUAUCAGCUGAUUGGUCGUCAAGAAAAAUGUCCAGCUCAUUUGCAGGGGAGGAACUCGUCUUUGAAUCAGGAGGAUCCACAUCCCCCCAACAUUAAAAGGGAAGAUGAGGUUCUCUGGAUCAUUCAAGAAGGAGUGUGUCUUCUAGGCUCGAAAAAGGCUGAUCCCACCGACUUGCCACUGACUCUUGUCUCUGUGAUGAUUGAAGACCAUGAAGACAAAUCACUGGAGUCCUCACAGUUUCAUUACGGUCCAAGUGAGGAAAACGGAGGGGAGAAACCUCCAAGUAGCAGCUCACCACAACACAUGACAACAGAAGCUGAUGGAGACCCCAGUGGAGGCUCACAAGCAGACAACUUCUUAGCUCCACUAUCGGAUAGUAAGGUCGACGACAUGGACGCUGCCAGAGACCCUCUGAGCAGGGACGCAGGGACUCGCACUCACAUUCAACACUCUGAAUGCUCUCAAAACAAGACAGACGUCCAGCAGCUGAUUAGUCCUCAAGAAGAACAUACUCUUCAGCUGUGGGGCCAUUUGGAGCCGGGCCCACUGCCCUCCCACAUUAAAGAGGAAGAGAAGGACAUCUGGGUCAAUCAGGAGGGAGAGUGUCUUCGAUGGCUGAAGGAGGCUGAUCUCACUAAGUUGCCACUGACUGGUGUCUCUGUGAAGACCGAAGACCAUGAACAGGAAUCACAAGCAGACAACUUCUUAGCCCCACUGUCAAAAUGCAAAGACACAGCAUCCCGUUUUCCUGACAACACCCGAAAACUUUUCAGUGAUACAGAUCGUGAAGGUGAUUUGAGGACUCACACUGACAACAAACACUCCGACUGCUCUAACAAGAAGACGGAUAAAAAACAUUGGACUUGUACAGUUUGUGAUAAAAGCUUUUCUAAUAAGGGUCAUUUAAAUCGACACAUGAUGACACACACAGGAGAAAAACCUUUCUGUUGCCCAGUUUGCAACAAGAAGUUCUCACAACGAUCACCUAUGGCAUCACACAUGAAAACACACUCAGGAAAACAAUAUCCCUGUUCAGUUUGCAGUAGAAGUUAUUAUUAUGAGGCAAGUUUGAAAGCACACACGCGGACACACCACGGAGAAUUAAAAUAGACCCUCCGGGACUUUCCGUGUGGUUGAGAUUGCGUCAAGUUAUGUUGAAUCAACAAAUCUUCACAAAUGAUGCGUGGCCUUUUCACUUUGUCCAGUCCUGCCUACUUCCCUGCACAUCCUGGCCAAUCACUGUCAUUUUGCCAGUCAGAUUUGUCAUUUAGCUACGCUCAAACUUGCACGUCAUCUGUUUAACAUUUUAGCACACAGCUAAGCUACUCGGCAUCCGUUAUAGUAACAAUCUCAACCAACCGCCAACCAGCCAGUCUUUGGAAGUAUUGACAUAAAGCAUCCUGCAGCUGGUAAUAGCAGAGUGAAAAUGCAUGUUCCCACCUGUAGUGAAAGUUAUUUCAGAGUUGCUAAGAUAGUUCAAAAGACCACUUAGUCAAUGUCUGUAUGAACUUGUAAGAAAAUAAACAUGUCUGUUGAGGAUGCAUUUCCUUUUUUAAUUCACCAUAUACCGUAUUUUCCGCACCAUAAGGCGCCCUGGGUUAUAAGCCGCGCCUUCAAUGA